AGAAGCGUCGUUAACUUUAGCUCAUCAUCAGUCAGUCGUUCUACCGUGAGUGAACAACUAUCAGUUUAUUCUAGUGGUGCAUUUGUGUUUAGUUUGUGUUCAAAAUAUCCAGCAUGAUGAAAGCACGCUUUGUAGUGUUGGCGUCGCUCGCGACAUUAGCACUCGCAAGACCCGAAGCUGGAUACUCUUACAGCUCACCAUCGUCAGGUGGUUACUCUUCCGGUAGCACCGGCCUGAGCUUCUUGGGCGGUGGUGGCGGCGGUGGUUACUCGAGCGGCGGUGGCGGCGGUGGUUACGCCAGCGGAAGCUCCGGUUACGCCAGCGGUAGCUCCGGUUACUCCGGCCCAAUCAGCUCCGGUGGAUACUCCAGCGGCGGCAUUUCCGGCGGAUACUCCAGCGGUGGUAGCUCCGGUGGAUACUCCAGCGGCGGUGGUUCCGGAUACUCCAGCGGUGGUGGUUCCGGAUUCUCCAGCGGUCCAAUCAGCUCCGGAUACUCCAGCGGUGGCUCAGGAUACGCCAGUGGAUCGUCGGGCUACAACUACGCCCCGGCCGCCCCAGUAGUGCAGAAACACAUCUACGUUCACGUGCCACCACCAGAGCAAGAAUAUGUUGCCCCACAACAAAUCCAACAGAUUGCCCCACCCCAGAAACACUACAAAAUCAUCUUCAUCAAGGCCCCAACCCCACCAACCCCGACCGCCCCGAUCAUACCACAAGUGCAACAAGACUCCGAGAAGACCCUGAUUUACGUUCUGGUUAAGAGGCCCGAAGACCAACCACAAAUCUCCAUCCCAACACCGGCACCAACCGCGCCAUCCAAACCGGAAGUAUACUUCAUCAAGUACAAGACCCAAAAGGAAGCCGGCGGUUACGCAGGAGGCUCCGGCUCCAGCUUCAGCGGACCCACAUCGGCAGGUGGCUACAGCGGUGACUCAGUCGGACACUCCGGCGCAUCUCUGUCCUCCAGCGGUCCCGGAUCCAGCUACGCAUCCCCAAGCGUAUCCAGCCCAUCGUCCAGCUACGGAUCCCCGAGCGCCAGCCCAUCAUCCGGCUACGGUGCCCCGAGCUCCAGCGGAUCUUACUAGGGUGUUCGAUUCAAACGUGAUUUUAUAACAUUGUCGUCCUUGCGCACACGCUUCGCGCCGGUGGCCGCGGAAAACCGUUGAUUGUUACUUUUCCACGGUCAGUGAACAUUUCGAGAAGCGUAGCCACCCUCCACACACAGUUAUACCCCAAACAUCCCUCUCCCGUCCCUCCUUAAUACUAGCCCCUUAGCCCCCAUCCCGCUCCUCCUCCCUCCCAUAAAUGAAAUUGUAACAUAUUUUAUAAUAUCCAUGUAAACUAUUUUAUUUGUGUUUUAUAUUUUGUUUAUUUUUUUUUU